AUGUCAGAGUUUAACCGACUAUGCCUGUCAGCUGGGAUCCCGAAUCCAAUGCUUCUCUUUGUGGGUGGUGGAAAUAUGGCUUCAGCUCUCAUCAGCGGUUAUGUCAAAUCAGAUUUCAUGACAACGUCUGAAAUAGGCAUAAGCUGUCGUACUGAACGUACCCUCAAUAACUGGAAGAGUCAAGGCUUUACUAACGUGUUCGUCUCUACAGCUGACAUGAUUAAAAGGUUCCCGCAUGGUGAGCUUCGUUGUCAGUUGGUGUUGUGGAUCUGAAAUUGUCCUAUUGUGAUUUCAAUUCUAGCUGGAAUUAGCACAACCAUUCUGCAGAAAGAGCUCUCAGCGAUUGGAUGUAGAGGUCCUUUGAUUCGACUUAUGCCCAACACUGCGGCUGCCAUUGGAGCUAGUGCCUCAAUUUUUUCUGUUCCUCGUGAUACUACUGUUGAAAUGAUGAAAAUCGUGGAGAAUUUGGCUUCGAAAGUUGGUAUGUACUUGGACGUGGAUUCGAAGAAUUUCAACGCUUACGCUGCAAUAGCAGGAUCGACUCCCGCAUGGGCUUAUAUGUUCAUUGAAUCGUUGGCUGAUGGUGGAGUGCUGGCUGGUUGUUCCCGAGAAACUGCUUUGAAACUUGCAGCGCAAAGUGUUAUGGGUGCAGCACAAAUGGUCCUCGCCACUGGUGAACAUCCGGCAGCCCUUAGGGAUAAAAUCUGCUCUCCGGGCGGAACAACAAUAUCAGGCCUAAGGAAAUUGGAGGAAUCUGGUAUUCUUAACAUUUGA